AUGUAUAGUUCAGGAUCAGAAAUGUAUCAGCUACUAGCAUGUGGAUCGAAUGGGAACUACCAAUUAGGAAUAAACAGCGAUGAAGAUCAGGAUUCUUUGAAAGCAGCAUUCUUUAAUAUAGACGGCAAAAUAACUUCAGAUGUCCCUGGAAAGCCAGUAAAAAUAGCUGGCGGAGGAAAUCAUACAUUAGUAAUUCUAGACACUGGCGAAGUUUUCAGUUGUGGAAACAAUGAAUUUGGUCAAUGUGGACUCCCUAGAGCUAAGAGCUUGAGUAUUUUUCAAAAAAUACCAGGAGAUGACUGGCUCGAUAUUUCGUGUGGGUGGGAGUUUUCGAUUUUGGUGAAACAAAAUGGACAGGUGUAUGCAUGCGGAAGAGGACUAAAAGGCGAGUUAGGGCUUGGGAAAGAAAGAUUAGAAAGUGAACUUACUUAUUCCGCCACUGUUGACGGGUUCAAGAAAAUAGAAUCUUGCAUGCAGCACACAAUUAUUCAGACAACCAGUAGUCUAGUAGGUUGGGGUAACAGCAGAAAGGGACAGUUGGGCGAAACCGAAGACAAGAUAAUGUGGACCCCAACAACCUUGCGAUUUGGUGUGGGGUGUAUAGAUUUCAGUCUAGGGAGGGAGUUUACCGCAAUACAGACAGGCAAAAACAGUAUAGAGAUAUUUGGCAAGUUGUCAAUCAAAAAUAUUCCCGAGUCCAUAGGAGUGGCCAGAGUUGAAGCCAUGUGGUCUUCCGUUCAUGUACUAUUGGAGUCAAACGUGGUCCGGUCAUUUGGCAACAAUAGUCACGAUCAAUUGUUUCCAGACGAUUCGAGUGUUGCAGUUGAAGAAUAUGCCAUUGGCAGUGAACAUGGGUUGGUUAAAUCGGGAAACAUAGUUUAUGCCUGGGGGUGGUCUGAGCACGGGAAUUGUGGGACAUCAAAUGUUUCUGAUAAAGUGACGUUCGGUUAUCUUAACAAGUUGUACACUGGGUCUGCAAAAGUAGUACUUAUUGGCGCUGGCUGUGCCACAAGUUGGGUUAUGGUUGAGAAAUAG